UAGUUCCCUUAUUCUUCCCUUCUAAGAGGAUCUCGAUGUGGUCGCCGUUGUUCCCCGCGUCGUACUCACGUGGCUAGAGCAGAGAAAGGGCGUAUACGUGACAUAUAGAGCUAGAGCAAUGGUGCAUAUAUCGGAGGUCGGAAGUUUCGAGGAUAAGGUGUUUGUGGUAACGGGAGGUGCGAGCUACGCUGGCGUCAGGCUCUGCCUCGAGCUACUGAGGAGGGAAGCUCGAGAAGUCCGCUGCUUCGACUUCCCCCCCUCUUCCGAACUACCUCCCCACAAACCGUCCCAAUCACCGCCACCAUCCGAUCCAUCCAAACCCCCCUCUUCCUCGUCCUCCCCCCCCUCAUCCACCUCACAUCCCAAAAACAACCCUCUAGCCUCCUCCCCUCUCCCCCUCCAUGUCCUCUCUAAAGCCAGCACUCAGCAAUCCACCGGCCAUUCCCGCCUCCGGAUAUUCUCUGGGGACAUUAGAAACCCUAAUGACCUCAACCCUGCUCUGGCGGGGGCUGACUGUGUCUUCCACAUCGCGUCCUUCGGUGCGUGGGGGAAGGAAUCCCUUAAAGAGUCACUCAUUAGCUCGGUUAACGUCGAUGGUACACUCAAUCUGGUGCACUGCUGCAUGAACCAGGGGGUUAAGAGCCUGGUCUACACUGGAUCCACUAGGGCAGUUUUCGGAGGGCAAACCAUGGGACACAUGGGGAGGAGAGAAGGAAUGGGAGGAGGAAAGAGAGGAGGGGAAGGGGUGGAUGAGGCGAGCUGCGAUUAUUACCCCAUGGAGCAGCAUGCGGACAGCUAUGGACGGGCAGUAGGCCUUGCCGAACAAAUUGUUCUCAAAUCCAACAUGAAGAAACUUCCUGGAAAGGGCCGGCUGUGCACGUGUGUGCUCAGGCCAGCCAAGCUCUUCGGCCCGGGGGAACCCCCCUCGCUCUGCCGAAUCAUGGGGCUGGUCCGGACUGGUUUCCUGCGGUUUAGGGUGGGAGACCAGCUGGCGCGCUCUGAUUGGCUGUUCGUGGAUAACCUGGUGCAUGCGCAGUGUCUGGCGUUUGUCGGCCUCAUUCCGGAAAAUCCUAGCAGCAGUGGCAGUGGUGGUGGCGGCAGAAGCAGUGGUGGUGGUCCUGGGGGUGGCCAGGGAAAAGGGGAGCGGGAUGGGAGUCUUGGGGACGGAGGCUGCAAGUCUGCUGGGCAGGUCUACUUCAUAACUGAUGAUGCACCAGUGAACGCUUUCGAUUUCCUCAAGCCCCUCAUAGCAGCAUAUGGGGGCACUCAGCCCUACAUCCGCCUCUCACUAAGCUCCGCCCUCUCCCUUGCCUGGCUGACUGAGGGCAUCUACCGACUUCUCUGCCCACUGUUACGAGCUGACUGGUUACCACAGCCACUGGUGCUUUUGCCAGCAGAAGUGCAUCAGCUCGCAGUACACUACGUGUUUUCAACCGCUAAGGCAAAAGCAGAGCUCGGAUACCAACCCAUAGUGGACCCACGGCAUGCCAUGGAUGCCACCAGGUUCUACUGGCGGCGCCGGGCUCAAAGAGAUGUCCCCAAGCCACCACUCAUAGUGUGGGUUCUCGUCCCUCUGGGACUGGUUUUGCUCUACUUAUCGGCUUUUUAUCCCCGGACGUCUCUUCCCCUGCCCGUACGCUGGGUGCAAGACCUGGGUGUUUUUGUUUUCAUGUCCCGGAAUAUGCUGCAGACGGUAUGGUGGACGGCGCUCGCCAUCCAUCUUAUGGAGGCGAGUGUUGCUUGGAUGGUGGCUCGGAAUUCAGGAGGUUCGGGGUCACGGAAUGGGGUGGAGGGUUUGGAGUGGGACGAUGGGGAGGAUGACAAGGUGGGAGCGUGGAGUGAAAGGGAGAAUGCUUUGCAGUGGUUCGUGCAGACCUUUUUGUUUGGGUUCUGGUCGCUUCGGUUGCUCAUGCGGCGUGUGGUGUGGAGGAUGGUCGAAUGUGAACACAAGCAGGAGUAAUUAGGUGCAACCUCCAAAAUACAUGAUCUGUCAGAUUUCUAUCAAUUGAGGGA